GCCCUUCGCCUAAGUAGCUCGGCCAUGAGGAAGACCACCACAGGCCAGGCAGUCAACCUACUGUCCAACGAUGUGAACAGGUUUGACCAGGCUAUCACAGUGACCGCCCUGCUCUGGAUGGAAAUAGGAAUGUCGUGUCUUGCUGGGAUGGCGGUUCUCAUUAUUCUUCUGCUUUUGCAAAGCUGCUUUGGAAAGUUGUUUUCAUCACUCCGGAGUAAGACUGCAGCUCUCACAGAUAACAGGAUCAGUACCAUGAGUGAAGUUAUAAGUGGCAUCAAAACAAUAAAAAUGAAUGCUUGGGAAAAGUCAUUUAUAGACCUUAUUUCCAGACUGAGAAGGAAGGAAAUUUCCAAGAUUCUGAAAAGUUCCUACCUUAGAGGAAUGAAUUUGGCAUCAUUUUUUGCUGUCAGCAAAAUCAUGAUUUUUGUCACCUUCAUCACCAAUGAUCUCCUUGACAACCGUAUCACAGCCAGCCAAGUGUUUGUGGUGGUGACGCUGUUCGAGGCUCUGCGGUUCUCAAACACUCUCUACUUCCCCAUGGCUGUUGAGAAGGUGUCAGAGGCCAUUGUCAGCAUCCAAAGAAUCGAG